UCUCUCCCGGCCACACCGCCGCUCCUCUCCCCUCUCCCUCCGGGCUGGGGCUUUCGGCGCGCGGAGCCGCCCCCCUUCCCUGGAACUGCAGGACCGUGUCAAGUCCACCGGCGAGCUGCUUGCCCUUCCCGGCCCUUGAUAAAGGAAAUAUGUUUCGUCUCGUACAACGAUGCUGCUUCCACACACCUUUCAAACUCCAGAAGUUAACUGAUCCCAGACUACUGCUGUAUGGAAAGAAUAAGACAACUUGCUCUUCUCUUGGCCUCCAUCUGCAGAGAGAUAUGUGUCUUCUCUCAAGAUCUCCAAGCCUCAGCCCAGCAUCAGUACAUGCAAUCAAGCCCCAGGCUUUUCACACCUCUCUCCCCUUCUUCAAGAAGAAAACCCCCAAAGAAUCUGAAACUGAAGACACGGGCAUAUUGCAACAAAGCAUGAAAUCACUAAAGGAUUCUCCAAAGCCAGCCCUUUACUUAAGCCUCGCAGGGCUAAUUCCGUUUGUUUCUGUGCCACUGUCAAUGGCCAUCCAAGGGACCUACUACCCAGAGCUGGCAUUUGCUCAGAUCACGUAUGGUGCCGUAACAGUCUCUUUCCUAGGAGGAAUGAGGUGGGGGUUUGCUGUCCCAGAAAACAGCCCAGCCAAGCCAGACUGGCUGAACCUGGCUAACAGUACAGUUCCUCCUCUGUUUGCCUGGCAAGCCUUACUUUUUAAAGAUAUCACUCAUGGUGCAAUAAUGCUAGUAAUCGCCUUAGGGAUAGCACUACAUUAUGACAUUUCCCUUCUUCCUACUUAUCCCAGGUGGUUUAAAGUACUGAGGGUAGCAGGAACAGUGGUGAUGGUAAUAUCGCUGUUAGCUACUGCAGCACUGAAGACUAUUUCAGAGGAGCAGCUAAGUAACAGCAGAAAUAAGUGGCAGAACACAAAAUAAUAAAUCAAGAGGAAAAAGGUAUUUUAUCUGGCAAUAAAGUAUUUGUAUUGAGUUCCAGGGGAAAUAAAGAUUUACUUGUGCUUAGAAGUCAUAAGAUGGCAGUGAUCAAGAUGGUUAUUCUCGAAGUAAACUACUUAGCAAGUUUAAUAGGGAACGAUUGUAAAUACUGAUGAUUUCCAGGGCAGGCACGAGUCUGUCCUUAUCCACAGAAGAAAGCAUCACUCGUGAAUGAGAUGUUAUUGUCAUACGAAUUUAAAAUGGAGAUUCAUAUGACGUGGGUAUGAAUUGCUCUGUGCUGAGUUAUUAAAGUACCUGGUUUAACUACAGUGUGUGAUAGUGUUCUGUGGUGGGGAGAACAACUGUAGUCAUAAACAGUAACAAGGUGAGAGCAGUUCUAGUUUAGUGUUUAAAGAAGCAGCAGAGAAUUAUGCAAAAGCACAUGCAUGUU